UAUGAAUGGCACGGCAUGACUACUAACCCUUACAUUCGACUCGUGUACUGUUACUGAUACUGAUAGAAAACAAACUUACACAAGAACUUUGUGAAGGAACACGAGACUAUCUUAUCAUUACAUCGUUGCGCUUUUUACGCCCUAUAUAUAAGUCGUCUCCAAAAGUAGCAUUGACAGUUAGCUGGCAUGCUGUCUGAUUCCGAAACGUCUGUUACCAGCCAGAGUCUCACUACCGAACAAGCUUCGAUUCCUACCACGAUUGUUACGUUGGCCAACGGAAGCAAAACGCGUGCUUUACUAUCGAGAAAAGCGGUACAGAUCUCACUUGAUUCCGACGAAGAAAAGCUGUUCCAAACGCUUGUUGCUACUGCUGAUCUGUAUGUACGCGGGAAGCUUCAAAUACCAGAAGACCACUGCGGUUCUACAACGUCGGUGACACCACUGGAAAUUCGUGUCGCUGGAGGUUGGGUACGCGAUAAACUGCUCGGAUUAGAAACUCAUGACGUGGAUGUUGCCGUCGAUUCCUUGACAGGAGUGCAAUUUGCCAAGCUCGUGCAAGGCUACCUUCAACAAAAUUCGACGGAACAGAGUGCCGGUCGUAUAGGAGUCAUUGCCGCCAAUCCUUCGCAAUCCAAACACUUGGAGACUGCCACCAUGAAAAUUGGUCGCAUAGAAGUGGACUUCUGUAAUCUGCGCGCAGAGGAACUGUAUGAAGAUCAUAGUCGGAUUCCUAUCGUAAGAUUUGGGUCGCCAUUGGAAGACGCGAAGCGGCGUGAUUUCACCGUGAACGCUCUGUUUUUUAAUCUCCAUACAAGACUAGUGGAAGACUGGACAAAAUCAGGCAUCCCGGACCUGAUAUCACGACGAAUCGUUACUCCGUUGGAGCCUGUCCGUACCUUUCUAGAUGAUCCGCUUCGUGUAAUUCGGGCCAUCCGUUUUGCUGUACGCUAUGACUUUGAACUAGAUCCCGCACUGGAAGCUGCCUGUAUGUGCACAGAAAUUCACCAAGCCUUGCAUGUGAAAGUCUCGCGAGAGCGUGUCGGCAAAGAGCUAGAAGGGAUGCUGUCCGGUAGAGGUGCCAACCCAAUAAUGGCAAUGGACUUGAUUGCUCGUCUUAAGCUCGCUGGCAGCGUGUUCUGUCUACCCAAGGUAGGAGAAGACAACGUAUCUUUUAUCAAAGGACAUAUCCUAGGGAAUGCAUACACGGGACAGCAUGAUUCAAACGAUAUCCGGAAACUGCGAGAACUCGGGUGGGAGGAGUCGCGGGCUUUGUUGCAGCUUGCUCCGUUUGUCGUCGCAUCACAUAUCAGGACGGCAUCGAAACAAGCGGCAAAGUCCGGAUACGACAAGAGACUGUUACCUUUGGGAGUCUUUAUGUUGCCGUUUCGCACCUUGCUUUAUGGAGAACGACAAAAGCUCGAUAAAGAAUUGUUGGCUAUCCACUAUGUCUUUCGCGAAGGCAUAAAGUUCAAAAACAAAGAUAUCCAAGCGAUGGUGACGCUGUACGAAAAUGUGGACAAUAUGAUUUCUUUGUUAACCGGAGCAGCUGAUGGCUUUGAAGGUGGUAAUGUUGUUUCUUUCUCUCGCGUCGAUGUUGGUAUGCAGCUUCGUGCCACUAAAGAAUUGUGGGUCACAUGCUUGUUGAUGGCAACUAUUGUCAAGCUCCGGCAACAAAAGCGACGAGACGAUGGUUUCAACCUCCGCAAAGUCGAUUGGGUAUGUCUCUCUGAUACGAUCUAUGGAACUAUAAUCAAGUUAAAUUUGGAUGAAUGCUGGAAAAUGCGUCCUCUUUUAGAUGGAAAGGCUGUCAUACAGUCUUUGGAUUUGCCUAGGGGACCCACCGUUGGCCUGUAUUUGGACGAACAAGUCAAGUGGAUGCUGCUGAACCCUAGCGGAUCCCGUGAUGAGUGCGAAGCACAUCUUAAAUCCGUCAAGCGGCGAUUAGACUGCCACUCCUUCGAGCAGAACGCCGGACACCUGGGAAUAUCUGAUGGAAAGAUGCCGUCGUCGCCUAACCAAGUUCGCGACCGAUCGAAACACUUUUCUAAAAAGUUACACAUCGAACAUAUGGAUACGACAUAA